AUGCCUUGUGUGGAGAAGUGUAAGGUAAACUACGAGUUUUGGUGGUUGGAAUUUUUAAAAACUUUUUUAAAAGUAGUAAAAGUACAAAAAAGUAAAGUUUUUAUAAAAUUAUAAAAAAAGAUUGAUUUGAAUUUGUAAAGUAAGUUUUUUGCAUUUCAGGACGAAGUUGACAUUGACUUUGAUACAGAAACAGUACUACAAUGUCUGAAGACGGAGAAAGAACAUCAUCUGGACUGUGUCAUGAAGCUGAAGCAAGAAAUGUAAGGAUACUUAUCAUAUUAUGUUAGGUUGUACAAAUAAUUCUGUGCCCCCUUCAAAGAAAUUGUUUUGGAUCAAAAGGCGCAGAAUUAUUUGAAAAACUUAAUAGUUCAUUUUUUAAAACGUGAAUUGUAUACCUGUUUUACUUUUUUUUAAUUUUCAGGUGUACCAACAAGCCCUACAGUAUCAUAAAAACUUCAGAAACCUUCCACAAUCUUCAAGCUUCUAACAAACUGACUCUACACGUAUUCCAGCCACAUUUGAGUGCUGCAAAACUAGCGAACUCAACGUCUGGCACCGGUUUUAUGAGUGUUUUGAAGAAUGCAUUAGGCGCUAAUGGUAAAUUUUAUUAUACUAUCAACAACUUGUUCAAACUAGUUUACUGUAGCUACAGCGGUAAUAGAAGCUGAUAUAAGGUGUCUUUUAAAAAUAAUGUUUGUUUCAGCACCAGCCUUCAAAGAGUGUAUGCAGAACUGUGUGAUCAAGACUGAUGUCUUUCAAUGUGUUAAGAACUUGGGGUGAGCUUUUUUGAAUUUUAAAAUUGAUGGUUUAUAAAGUUUGUGUUAAUUUUAUUAUUGAAAAGUCUUUAUUUAGUUGUGGAGUCCGCCGACCGCCAGUCCAAGUGAUCAAAGAAGUCUUCAAGCAGUGUGAAGCUGACAGCCAGAGCUCGCGACGGCGAGUUUGUCAAUGUAUUCAAGAUGCUGGUGUCGCGUAAGUUUAUUAAUAGAUUUGCUAAGUUAAAAUUAAAUAGUCAAUUAAAAAAGGAUACUUUAAAGUAUAUAAUAUUUCUUGACUUUAGAAAUGCCGCUUGCUGA